AUGAAAUAAAUUAUAUAGAGUACAAGCCUUAUGUUUUGUAUUUCAGAAAAUGAAAAAACAGUAUUUAUUGCUACUGGCUCCAAUGGAAUAUAAAUAAUAGAUGUUUCAGAAAUGGCCAACCCUAGCAUAAAAUCCAACAUUUAAACAAAGCAAGCUUAACACUGCUAAGUUAAGAAUAAUACACUCUUUAUUGCUGAUUAAUAAGAAGGAUUAAUUAUUGCGGACGUGAGAAAUUUAAAUAACCCAUAUAGAUUAUCUACUACAUCUAUUCAAGCUGGAACUGCGCAGUCUUACUAAUAUGUACUUAUAACUCAAGAUAUAUAAUUUGCAUUUAUUCUUUCGAAUGGAAAUCUUUUAACCUACUUUCUCAAUGAUUUAUCAAACCCUAAAUCUGUCUCCGUCAGCCAAGGUAGCACUAGCCUUUCUACUUAUUCUUAUAAAAUGAGAUUUGAUCAAGCUUAAUCGUAUAUAAUAUUAUCCUGUUAUGAUCAAGGCUUACUUAUUUUUGAUGUAAGAAAUGUGAUAUCACAGUAAUUAAGGACAGUGGUUAAUCCUAACCAGUUUAUUGUUGAUUGUGUAUUUACUUAAAACAGCUAGGGUAUUUAUGCCCUUGAUAUAAACUCUGGCUUAUAUUAUGCAGAUAUUACUUAGUUAAAAUCAAUAGACUAAAAUUAAUCAACUAAAGCAAACCUUUCUUUUAGUAAAGUAAAUUUAAUAUUAUAGACUUAGUUUUUAACUAUUUAAUUGACAAAUGAUGGAAAUUACUUGCUUGUUGGACUUAGAAGUACGAUACGAAAUGCUAAAUAUAUGAUCAUGGAUAUUAUAGUCUCACCAAAAAAUUCUUAAUAUGUUUUUAUAGUGAAUGGAGUGUCUUUGCUAAUUUUUUAAACUGAUCUACCAAAUUUAAAUCAAGACUUUCCUAACUUUUUUAAUUAAUUCUAAUCUUCGCUGUAACAUUCUCUAGAACAAAAUGUACUAGGUAUGUCCUGCUUAGCAAAUAAUUUAAUAGUAAGCUACCCAAAAACUUAUGUAACCAUUUAUGAUAUUUCAACUGACCCUUACUCUCCUAAGGUUGUAAGUUAAAUAUAAAAAGUGCAAAACCCUUAAAAUCCUUCUGAUUUAAGCUAAAAUUUCGAUGAUCUUAAUUAUAUAGAAGUUUCAUCUGAUGGAAACACUCUUUAUUUGUCAUCUUCUAAAUCAGGAUUGAUUACUUUUAGCAUAUAAGAUAAGGCAAAACCUAUUAUGAAAAAUAAGUAUAUUUAUUAACAAACUAGCGACAACGGUGGAUCAACUAUUUCGCUAACCUAAUUUACAGCAACCAAACUAUCUAGUUAGUAAGAUUAAAUAAUAGCAUCAAAUAGUGUAUAUGGGGCAGUAAUAUUUAAAAUAUCAAAUUCUGAUUAAUUAAGCUUGGAAUAAUAUAGAAUUUUUUAAAAUAAAUUUGGUUGCACAGUGCAACGUUGCGAUUUUACUUCAGAUGGAUAGAAUUUGGCUUGUCCUUGUAAAGAAGUAGGGACUUUGCUUUUUGAUUUAAAGGAAUAAUCUUAAUAUAUAUAGCCUAAACAAGUAAUUUAUUAAAUUGGAGUUGAAUAAGCAAAAAUUUCAGAUGAUGAUAAAUUACUCUUUUUAGCAAAUGGUUUUUAAGGGUUAAUCAUACUAGAUAUUAAAAACUUUUUUAAUCCAAUUUAGCUAAGUGAGAUAAUAUUGGAAGGCUGGACAUACACAGUUUACCCAAUUUUUAACAAUAAGUAUAUUAUUACAACUUAAGUAGAUGAAGGCUAAAUUACUUUGAUUAACAUACAAGAUCCAAAAAAUCCAUAUAUUCAAUAGAAAAUAAACUUUCCUGGAGAAACAUCAACUAAUGUUUGUAUCAAUCCAAAUAAUCAAAAACAUAUGUAUUUUGUUGGAAAUAUGGGACUAAGGUAUUUUCCUAUCUAAAGCGAUUUGAAUAUCCAUUCACAAUUUUAAGUAGCUUAGAAUAUUGGAACUAAUUUAUUUUAUUAAACUGUUGAUCCUACAUAAAAAUUGCUCGUAGGAUAACAAGUAAGAAUUACGUUUCAAUAACUAUAUGCCAUAAACACUAUCAAAAUAAACUCAGUUAAGUACUAGACUAAUUUUAAGAAACAAAGCCUUCCUUCAUGGAUUAGUUUCAAUUAAAAAGAUAAUUAAGUAAAUAUCUAGGUAAAUUAAUCAGGAAUUAAUCAAAAUGGAGAAAAUUUCAUUAUUUUAGAAAUAUUAAAGUAAAUUUAGAGCUCUGAUUUUAUCUUAAAUGGAAUCAUUGAUAGCUAAUUUGCCUAAUAUUUAUAUAUGUUGCUUCAAAUUAAUAAUAUAAUUGACUAAAAUGGCUAUUUGAAUGAGAGUUUUAACUCUUAAUUGCCUUUUUAGAUAAACUUCUACAAUUCAGUUUAUACAGAAGAUUUAUAUAAAAAUUAUUUUACCUAGAUUUAAAAUUUAAUUAAAAAGACUCUCGUAUUUUCUAGAAUAGACUAUCCUGUUAGGUUUUUUGUUGCCUCAUCAUUGGUUUUUAAUUUUGAUCUCAAGAUACAAAAUUUCAGAUUUAAUGACUCUACUUAAGCAUCAUAAAAUUUUGUAAUUUAAUCUCUAUCUGAUAAAAUAAACAUCUAAUUAAGCUUACUUCAAAAUGCUUAAUUCUAAAAAAUUAAAUUUGAUUCAGUUUUAAGCUCUUAUUCUGAAGAUCUUAGAACAUUAAAUAUAACAGGACCUACAUAGAAUAUCAAUAAUUUUCUAAUAAAUUACUUAUAAAUACGCAAUUUGACUUAGAAUAUUUCUGAAAUUAUGAUUUCAAUUUAAAUUCAAGAUUACCUUAACAAAGAUUAAGCUUAUAACUUAAAUUUAAAUCAAACCAAGUUUAUCCAGUUAUACUAACCGAUUAGCAGAAAUUUAAGUAAAAGUCUUUAGAGCUAAUUUGAUUUUUUGUAUCCUAGCAGCAGUGUUUAUAUAUAGGAGAGCUUUACAUUUUCAUUUAAUCAGAAUACAUUCUUAUUUAAUAAUCAGAGCUAAAUUUAAUAUUAAGUAUUAAUGGGCUAAGAUGAUAGCAGCAUGAAAGAAAUAUCAAAUUAUGACUGGAUUUAGUUUAAUCCAUUGAGCUUGACGAUUUAUGGAUAAGCCUCAAAUAACUAAUUUUUAUAGGACUAUACAAUAAAGGUGAUUACUUUUGAUCAAUACACAAAAGCAGAAGAUUAAAUAGUUAUUAAAUUUAACAAAGUGCCUUUUAUCUAUGUAUUUGAAAUUGCAUUUAAAAUAUUUCUUCCUAUUCUAUUUAUUCUGAUUGUUUGGAGUUACAAAAUGUAGAUUCACUUUUUCAUCUUGGAAAAGAAUAAUAUCUACUAAACAGAAACAGCAAUAAUAGGAAAACAUUUUGAAAAAAAAAUAAUUUUAUAUGGUAGUGUUUAGGCAGAUGCUAUAAAACUUUGGGAACUUUAUAAAAAAAGAAAUAAAGACAUUGAGUAAAAAAUAUAAAAUGACUACAAAUAAAACAAACUAGUUGAUAUUUAUGCCAUAUUAAAAUAAAUAGAAGUUAUUUAUUAAUAGCUGAAAUAAGAAUUCCCUAAACUAGAUCCGAGAGAGUUUGAUUUUGAUGAUAGCAGACUUGUUAGAUCAAUUAAAAGACAAAUUUAUGAAAUACUUUUACUUUAAAAUCCUAGCACAUUUUAGGUAUACAAACUAUUAAAAGACCAUGCAAUUUAAACAACGAAAAGAAGAAAAGACUGGUACAAAUUAUAUCUUCAAAUAAAUAAUUCUAAUCAAAAAUAAAAAGAAAGCCAAAAUUAAGUAAAGAAAAAUUUAAAAUAAAUAUAUGAAUCUGAGAAAGAAUAGUAAAGCUUUCCAAAAGUUAAUCUAUUUGAUUAGAUGAGUUUCUAACAGCUGAGAUUAAGAGAGGUAUAUUCAAAUCGAAAAAUAUAAAUUCCUUAAAAUAAAGAUAAAUUAGAUUUAUUUAGCACAACAUAACUAAAUAAUUCUGUUUAAGGCUAAUCUCCCUAAAGUCCAACCAAAAAAUAUGAAUAAAAGUAAAGUUUGUAUAAGUAUUUUAAAGACUAACAAUCUUUUGAAAAAGUCCAACAAAGUUCUUAAGAAACUAACCAUUUAAGUCCUUUUCCGGAGAUUAUGAUUUAUUAAUCUGAAGUAUCUAAAAUAUUAAAAAGUUUGAAAUGUACUUUAAAGUAUGAUUUUAAUUUGUUAGCUGAAUACCUAGCUUUAGAGGCCUCAGGAACAUUAAAUAGUAUUCCCAAUCAUUUAAAUCCUUCAGCUGGAGAAAGUCUGCACCUGCAUUCAUAUAAUUUAUCAGUUCUAAAAGCCUUUAAAAAAGACUAAAAUUAAAGCUUGGCACAUAAGAUUAAAAAUUACUUUAAUUUAAGUUAUUUUUCUAUCGGACUAUCAUAAAAUAAUCCUCUGCCUAAAUGGUUAAACUAUAGAAUCAUUGAUGGUGUGAUUUAUUUAUUUGGCUUUCCUGAAGCAUGUGAAGAAUCAGAAAUAUUAAUCAGGAUAUUUAAUAAAACUGGAUUUUCUGUAUAUAGCUUUCAUAUUAAUAUUAAAGAUUAAAAUGGAAAUGAUUUAAUUAAUUAGUUAAAUCUAAAAUAAACAACAACAAUAAAUUUAAACUCUAAAAAAGUCAAAAUAUAAAAAGCAAUUCAUUCUUCUGUAGUAGUUAUUUAAUAAUAAGAAGAAGAAGAUAAUAAUAAAAAAGAAAUAAUUUAAAAAAAUAAUGAUUAGAAAACAUAGAUAGAUAAUUUAUAAAAAGCUCCAAGCUUUUAAUUUAUUGACGAAGCAAAAUUAAAGUUAGAAUCUCCUACUAAUGUUAUUACUCUUCAGUAAACAUAAUAAAAUGCUGAAAAUACAAAUAUGUUAUUUUAAACAGAAUAAUCUAAAUAAAAUGGUGCAUGUAGAUCAGCUUCUCUCUUUGAGGAAAUAUAAAAUGAUAAGUCAGCUAUUGAUUUAGAAAGUAAUAAUAAUUAAACUUUCUAUUAAAAUCAUCUGUAAGAAUCUUUUCUGAUAAAUGAGAUAAACUAAUCUAAAUAAUAAGUAAGUUAAUUUUUAAAAAUUAUUUUAUACAAUAAAUACUUUUAAUAUUCAAAAAGAUUGAUUAAAUAAUUAAAACCUAAGAAUUUAAAACGAAAUCUUAGAAGUGAAAAAUAGAAUACUUGUCUUUAUUUGAAAUUUAUAAAUAUUUAUUACUUGCAAUAUUAAAUUACUUAGCUUUUAUUUAUAUGA